AUGGUCUCUCCGCCCUCCUGUAGUCAAACACAUCUUCAACGUACUCGGAACUCCACAUGUGGACCUAUUCGCAUCUCACCUGAACAACCAGCUUCUAACCUUUUGCACCCGUCACACUCAUCCUCUGGCGUGGAAGGUAGAUGCCCUCAGCUUCGACUGGUCAGGAAUGCAUGCUCAUGCCUUCCCCCCGAUCUCUCUCAUUCAACGGGUCCUGACAAAGAUAGAGACGGAGCUAUCCAGAGUAGUCCUCAUAGCUCCAUUUUGGCCAAGACAGCCAUGGUUUCCUCGCCUUCUGGAUCUCCUGGUUCACUCGCCCCUCAUACUUCCCAACCGGCCAGACCUCCUGUCACAACCCGGGUCUCACAUUCUGCAUCCGGAUCCAUCCACUCUCCAUCUUUGUGCCUGGAUGCUCUCAAAGUCUCCUUCCGAUCAGCGGGACUUUCGGAGGAAGCUACGUCCUUGGCAACCAAGAGCAGAUGGAGAUCCACCAGAAGAACUUAUGAUAGUAGACUUCUCCACUUCACCAAAUGGUGUGAGGAGAGAGCUGUCAAUCCCCGUUCUGCAUCUGUAACCUCGAUUGGGGAUUUCUUUCUUCACCUUUUUAAUUCAGGCCUUCAAAUUUCAACUAUUAAGGGCUACAGAUCAGCUAUUGGUGUCCUUCAUCAGGGUUUCCAUGAUGGCACAACAACUUCAUCCAAUACAUCAAUUUCUCACAUGAUACGUGGUAUGUUUAAUGAUCGGCCUCCUACCAGGAAGCUGAUACCUUCAUGGGAUCUGGGCACCGUCCUGUUAUCUCUCUCCAAACCUCCGUUUGAACCAGCAGGUAGUUCGUCCCUUCACCAUCUUACAGUUAAAACCAUAUUUUUACUGGCUGCAGCUACAGCUCGCCGCAGAAGCGAACUCCAUGCUCUGUCAGUGGAACCGGGCCAUAUUCGAUGGGAACCUGGCGGUGUACGACUAAUUCCAAGGGUAGGUUUUCUCACCAAGAAUCAAUCUAUGGGUUUCUCACCACCCGACAUAUUUGUACCAAGUUUGACAUCGUUCUCUUCAGUAGCAGAGGAUAAAUGGUGGUGCCCCGUGCGAGCGCUCAAGUACUACAUUGCUCGCACCAAGCCCCUCAGAGGAGACAUCAAGCAACUGUUUAUUACGACCAUCCAGCCUCAUCACAAAGCCUCUGUGACCACGAUCGCUCGAUGGAUUUCGGUGGCCAUACAAUGCCAUUCCGACCAUCGAGGAUCGAAAUCAGGAGCCCACGAGACACGCAGCAUGUCGACUUCAUGGGCCCAUCUGCUUGGAGUUCCUCUUUCAGAGAUUAUGAAAGCGGCCUGCUGGAAAAAUCCUUCGACUUUCACAUCAUGCUACCUGAAGGAUGUCCUGCAAGCGGAGGGACACAUGGGCAAGAAAGUCCUCCAAGAAACUGCACGAUCAGCAGCCCGCUCAGCCCGCACAGCUCCUUUGAAAUAG